UCUGCUCUUGCGUUCAGACUGAGCCAAGGCAGCCCGGGGAACCAGAGACAGUGUUCAGUGUUGGAGGGAUGCAGGGACAGAAGUGCGCUUUUUGAGCUGGAAGCUGCUCUGAACAGACUGUUUAGACGCACUGACCCUGGACACCUGUGACCGCGGAUAAAUACUACUGUGCGUGCGGACGCGGGACGGAAAGCGUGGGGGGGCUGGAUAUGCCACAGGUGGAAAGGCGUGGAGCUACAGGCUGUGGCCCGGCGCACCGAGCACCAUGUCCCAGGUUGUGAACAUGUGGAGCUGGUUCUUCACUGUGACUUUGCUGCUCAUCUCUGUGAAAGAAGCUGAAGCUCAGGGCAGGUGUAAUAAUGUCCAGGCAGCAGAUAUUGUUUUCCUGGUCGACGGCUCUUCCAGUAUCGGCAGAGCGAACUUCCUGCAGGUGAAGGGUUUCAUGGCUGGAAUCGUCAAACCGUUUGCUGGUUCUGUCAGCGGGUCAGGGAUACGAUUUGGGGCUGUACAAUACAGCGACACCCCAAGGGUUGAAUUCACCUUUACCUCCUAUCUGAACGGCACUGAGCUGGUUAACGCAGUGCAGAAUCUCAACUAUAAGGGCGGAAACACACGGACUGGAGCUGGACUCAAGUUUGUUGCAGAUAAUUUCUUCAAUCCCAUUUCUAGUCGGGACGUCCCAAAGAUCACCAUCCUGAUCACAGAUGGAAAGUCCCAGGACAAUGUCCAAGAACCAGCACAGAAGCUGCGCAGUCAGGGAGCCCAUGUUUUUGCAGUUGGUGUAAAGAGCGCUGACAGGAAUGAAUUGGCCCAGAUCUCGUCCCAGCCCAGCGGUGACUUCACCUCCUUUGUGGGGGACUUCAAACUUCUGAACACACUUCUUCCUCUUGUGAGUCCCCGGGUGUGUUCCAAGGCAGGAGGAGUCUAUGCCAGUGAUGAGGCCUUCUCUGGUCCUUCUAACCUCCAGUUCACAGGACAGACAUCAGACUCUCUCCGGUUUCGUUGGGCUGCUGCAGGAGGACCUGUGAAUGGAUAUGUGGUCCAGUACGUCCCUCUUUCUGGCCUGGGUCAGCCCAUUACAGCAGAACUUCGUCAGGAGACUGUUCCCUCCAGUCAGAGAACUUUCACUGCACGAGAACUGAGAUCAGGAACUGACUACCUAGUGACUGUCAUCGCCCAGUAUCCAAACAGUGUGGGAGAGUCUGCCUCUGCCAAACAACGAACCAGGUCCUUACCGGGGGUCUCCAGUCUACGUCUGGUCCAGGCAGGUUUCUUCUCUCUGUCUGUGGGCUGGGAUCGGGCGUCAUCUCCUGUCCAGGGUUACAGAAUCACCUAUGGGCGACGAGGUCAGCCAGCAGAUCAGCUGUUGGAACAGUCUCUCUCUGCAGAUGCAACAUCUGUCACCCUGACGCAACUUCAGCCCGAUACAGAGUAUGUUAUCAGCCUGUACCCCUUGUUUCCGCGAAAUUCUGCAUCUCCUUCAGUCCUCAAUGCCCGCACAUUGGCCCUUGAGGCGGUGCAGCAGUUAUCUGUGGAGACGGAGUCAGAGGGCAGCGUUCGCGUGCGAUGGAGAGGCGUCAGCGGCGCGCAGUCCUACCGUUUGGUCUGGGGACCAUUUACAGGCCGUGACGUUGAGACUGUUGAGGUUGGGGGUGACAGUGAGGUCUACACUUUGACCAGACUGCAGCCAGACACCGAGUACAUCGUCACGAUCAUCCCAUUGUAUGAGGGUAACUUUGAGGGCCCUGGAGCAACAGCCAGGUUUAAGAUAGAGCGUCAGGAGCAGCAGCUCCUCAGAGCAGUCACCACCAGCCCCUCAUCGAUCCGCCUCAACUGGAGAUUAAUUCAGGCAUCCCGCGGUUACCGCCUGGAAUGGAGGGAAGGGGAAGGAGGCCGUGUCCAGACCCUGUCGUUUCCUAGAGGCACUACCAACUAUGAGCUCACAGGCCUUCAGCCCAGCACAGAGUAUAUCAUAACCCUGUACACCCUGUUUGAAGGUUAUGAGGAGGCCACACCUGUCUCUACCACCUCCAGAGGGGAGCAGCCAGUAGGAAGGGUGUCCAACCUGAGAGUGGUGGAGUCUCUGGGCAGCACCGUCAGACUGGGCUGGACAGGGGUCGCAGGGGCCACACAGUACAGCAUCAUUAUCCUAAACACAGAGGAUGCAUCAGAGGAAACACGCCGUAUCCCUGGAGACCAGACGACCCUUGACCUCAGAGACCUGAUUAUGGGAGUGUCCUAUAGUGUCAGAGUCACAGCACUGGUGGGAGAAAAUGAAGGAGACCCAGUUACUGUGUACAUUAAACCAGAGCAAGUUGUUGGCAGAGUGACUAACCUCAGAGUGACCAAUACAAACAGUCGCAGAAUCCGAAUCGCCUGGACCGGUGUUUCUGGAGCAACAGGAUACAGAAUUACAUGGAGACAAGGCAACAGGGCAGAACAGUCUCGCUCUGUGGGGGCAGAGUCCUCGACCUUCACUAUCGAUGGGCUGUUUCCAGAUGAGGCUCUCAUCGUCGGUGUUGCGACUCUGGUUGAUCAGCGUGUUGGAGAGGAGGUUAGACUGUCUGCUCGGACCAAUGCCAAUGGCGGAUCUGUGUCUGGCCUUCGUAUUGUUGAUGUGACAUCUCAGAGGGUACGCAUUUCCUGGGCACCUGCCUCCAGGGCAACUGGCUACAGGAUCACUUGGCGACGUGAUGAUGGAGUUGAAGCAACCCGGACUGUGGCUGCUGACGUCACCUCCUUCACCAUUGAUGGACUACAGUCAGAUUCUGUGUACAGUGUCUUAGUUUCUGCUGUGAGUGGCUCUCGAGAAGGAAAUCCUGCCACCUUAAAUAUACGAACAGAAUCAGAUCAAACUGUAGUUGGGCCUGUGACGUCACUGCAGGUUGAUGAGACUAGAGGAGAGGAUGUUCGAGUCACAUGGGUUGGUGUGCAGGGAGCAACAGCCUAUCGUGUGACUUGGAAACGGACUGAUGGUGGUGAUGAAAGAAGUCAGGUGGUGGGGGGAGACGUAACAACGGUGAAUUUAGAGCGUCUGGACCCUGGAGCUCAAUAUGAAGUGCAGGUCAUGGCUCUAGUUCAGAACAGAGAGGGGACCCCGGUGUCGGUCAGAAUCACCACACCUGGUGACCUCACCCCGCCCCCCACGCUGCCUUCCACCCGUUUACGAGUGGCGGAGGUUACUCAGAACUCAGUGCGCCUCGGCUGGACCCCAUUACGUGGUGCCACAGGAUAUAUUCUACGUUGGAGAGAUGAGACAGAUACUGGUCCAGGCCUGUCCGUUACACUCCCAGCUUCAUCCACCUCGUACCAGGUGACUGGGCUGCGUUUGGGUCGUCGAUACCGCUUCACAGUUCAGCCCAGCUUUGAAAGUGGAUUGGGAACAGAGAGUUCUGUAGAUGAACACCCUGUGUGUGUGGGUGGGCGUAUGGAUGUAGUUUUUCUGGUGCCAGCAUCUACAGAUAGGAUUAAUCUUGCAAGGCCUCUGCGGGCGCUACUUACAAGUGCAGCACGGUCGCUCCACACAGUCGGGGAGCGUGACUCACAGUUGGGAGUUGUAGUAUAUGGUUACAGACCCAAAAUAUGGUUCAUGCUUAAUCGCCAUCGCAGCUCUGAUACACUGCUUCAAGAGAUCCAGUCCACACCUUUUGAUGAAGGUCCAGGGAAUGGCAUUGGUCAAGCGGUGAAUUUCACCAUACAGUACCUUCUGACUACUUCAGCUGGACGCAGACCAAGAGUUCCUGGCGCUGUCGUCAUCAUAGCUGACAGAAAAUCUGCUGACAAUCUCACCGUUGCAGCGAACUAUCUCAGAACAACAGGUGUGACAGUGUUAGCAGUGGGCGUGGACCAGGCCGACACUGAGGAGUUGCGUCGGGCGGUGACGGACGGCAGCACCCAGAACAUCCUGUACGCCCGCAACGCAGCACAGCUGGACUCAAUCCAUACUGACCUGGCAGAUUUGCUCUGUGGUAUCGCCAGAAUACCAGAGGUACUUCCAGGUACAGACCAGUGUACCAUUAACUGCCCUCGGGGCGAGAAAGGAGAUCGUGGAGAAAGGGGUGAAAGAGGCAGAGACGGUGUAGACGGACGCAAGGGAGAGGCUGGUCGUGAUGGUUUACCUGGGAGGGAAGGCCCCAGAGGCCCUGAGGGACGCCCAGGUACACCAGGCCAGACCAUCACUGUUGACCCCUCAGUGGGAGUGAAAGGAGAAAAGGGAGAAAGGGGUUUUCCUGGUAUUGAUGGAAGUUCAGGGUUGCCAGGGCGACCAGGUUCUCCUGGAGCUGCAGGAGUCCCGGGUGCACAGGGCCUGCCUGGUGUCAGAGGAGGCCCGGGUGAACCAGGUUUAACUGGACCACAGGGGACAAAGGGUGAUAAAGGUGAAAGGGGUGAACCAGGAUCAACUAUAUCUGGAGGGGGUCUUCCAGGGAGAAAAGGAGAACCAGGGAUCCCUGGAAUACCAGGUAGUCUGGGUCGACCAGGAAGUGAUGGGGCCAAAGGUGAUCCUGGUUCUCCAGGGACACCAGGUCAAAACGGUCGCCCAGGUUUACCAGGAACCCCUGGACUGUCCACUAAGGGAGAGAAGGGCAGCCCAGGAGAAAGGGGACCUCCAGGAGUAGGCAGUGGGGUGGCCGUGAAGGGCGAGAAGGGCUCCCCAGGUAGUGCAGGACCUCCAGGGCCUCAGGGUCCUAGGGGUCCACCAGGAUCACAGGGUACCAAAGGAGACAAGGGUGAUGGUGCGGUUGGGCUGCCCGGACCUCCAGGCAGGCAAGGAGAACCAGGGGACAGAGGUCCCCGUGGCCCUCCUGGAGAAAUUGGCAGCAAGGGUGAUCGAGGACCAACCGGUGAGUCUGGAUCACAGGGAGACAGGGGGGAGCGAGGACCAGCUGGUGAAACCGGUGAAAGAGGGGAUCCAGGGAAGCCAGGCGUCGCGGGAUCACCGGGGUUAAGAGGUUUGCCAGGGCCCAGUGGACCGCCGGGAGAAAAGGGAAAUGAAGGUGCACGAGGGGAGCCGGGUAGAAGCAUUCCAGGUUUACCCGGUAAGAAAGGCGAACAGGGGGAGCAGGGUCAGCCUGGUGCUGAUGGACAGAAGGGGGAAAGGGGAGAAUCUGGAUUAAAAGGAGAGAAAGGGUCUCCGGGGUCAGGAGGGUCAGGUGUAUUUGGAUCUAAAGGAGAGCCAGGACAGCGUGGACUUCCUGGAACCCCUGGAAAGGCCGGUGAAAAGGGGGACUCAGGUGAACCAGGAGAAAGAGGGGAGAAUGGGCGACCAGGAAUCCCAGGAAAACCAGGACUUUCUGGAAAACCGGGAGAAAAAGGAGAUAAGGGCGAUGAAGGCACUCCUGGGGAGUCUGGACUUCCAGGGAAGACAGGGGAAAGAGGACUAAGAGGACUGGCCGGUCAGCCAGGGCGACCAGGAGAGAAAGGAGACAUGGGAGACCCAGGAGAGCACGGACGAAAUGGCAGCCCUGGACCUGCAGGACCGAGAGGAGAGAAAGGAGAGCAGGGACCUCAAGGCCCUCCUGGACCACCGGGAAAAGUGGCCGAUGUCCAGGGCCAGUUAAGGGGAGAGAGAGGAGAGAAGGGCGAUGCUGGCGACCCUGGAGAGCAUGGAGGUAAAGGUCAGAAAGGAGAAGCAGGGACUCCUGGAGCCCUGGGUCAAAGAGGUCUAGAGGGACAACGAGGGCUUCCAGGUCCAAGGGGAGACCCAGGUGAAAGAGGAGGCCCAGGAGAGAAGGGAGAAAGGGGAGCCUCCGGGUUAGAUGGACGCCCCGGUCUGGAUGGUAAACCAGGUGCUCCUGGACCACCUGGUCAGAGGGGGGAUGCAGGGAAACAGGGGGAUCCAGGCAGAGAUGGUUUGCCUGGACUUAGAGGGGAGCAGGGUCCCCUGGGGCCCAUUGGCCCACCGGGCGCUGCAGGGACACCUGGCAAAGCAGGUGAAGAUGGAAAACCUGGACUUCCUGGCAAAACGGGUGAAGAGGGUUUGCCAGGUGAAGAUGGGAGAAAGGGUGACAAAGGAGAAGCAGGAACAGCUGGAAGAGACGGUCGUGAUGGGCAGAAAGGUGACAGAGGCCCGGCAGGACCAGUAGGCCCCGCUGGCCCUCCAGGACCUGCUGGAGUGCCUGGCACCAUUGGUCCACCUGGACAGGUAGUUUAUGUUAAAGGAGUUGAAGCGGCACCAAUCCCUGGCCCACAGGGACCACCAGGAACCCCUGGCGUACCGGGGAUUCCAGGAGCUGUGGGGGCGCGAGGGGAGAGAGGCCCACCUGGGCUUAAAGGUGAAGCUGGUGACCCAGGAGAGGACGGGGCACCGGGAAAACCUGGAACAACAGUGGAUGUACAAAAGGCUCUGGCAAGCCUUGGUAUUCAGGUCUCUGAUCUGAAGGUGGUUGUGGACAGAAAGGACUUGGCAGUUGCUCCUCCGGUACAGAAACCACAGAAAGGUGACAAAGGAGACAGGGGUGAGCCCGGGCCGAGAGGACCAGCUGGUGAAGAUGGUGCUCGGGGUUUUGCAGGAGAGAGGGGAGUCAAAGGUGAGCACGGAGAGCGAGGACCUAUUGGUCCGCCUGGGCCACCAGGAAGAGCCAUUGGUGAGCGAGGGCCAGAGGGACCUCCGGGACCUGCCGGAGAGCCAGGCAAACCAGGAAUACCAGGUGUUCCUGGUAGAGCUGGUGAACUGGGAGAGGCUGGAAGACCAGGAGAUAAGGGGGAGAGAGGAGAGAGAGGUGAAAAAGGAGAAGCUGGUAAAACAGGGUUAACAGGAGCAGCUGGCCCUCCAGGUCAAAAGGGAGCAUCCGCUGACUCAGUCCUGACUGGUUCGCCAGGGGUCAGAGGACCACCAGGACUUGCAGGACCGAAGGGAGAGCCCGGUGCAGCAGGACCACCGGGACCCAAGGGUGACCGGGGUUUUGUGGGGGCUCGAGGCGAUAAAGGUGACAGAGGAGAGUCAGGAGAAAAAGGACGUGAUGGUUCACAGGGAAUACCAGGAGAACCAGGAAAAUCUGGUCAGGAGGGGAAGCCGGGCCUGCCUGGGUUCCCAGGAGUUUUAGGCAGACCGGGAAACCCAGGAGAGCCUGGCAUAAGGGGUCCAACAGGUCCCAUGGGUCCUAAUGGACUUCCAGGUGUACCAGGUGUGAAGGGAACUCAAGGAGAACCAGGUGUUGGUGUCCAGGGUCCUCCCGGCGCCCAAGGGAGCACCGGUCGACCAGGACCACCAGGUCCUCCAGGAGCUGUUGGUCCACAGGGCCCUCCAGGACUGCCGGGGCAGGUGGGUGAAGCAGGUAAACCUGGGGUCCCUGGAAGAGAUGGCGUGCCUGGCAAAGAAGGAAUACCUGGAUUACCAGGAAAGCAGGGCAUUGCUGGACCUCCAGGCCAGCUGGGCUUAAAGGGAGAGCAGGGAGACAGCGGUCCUCCGGGGAAGGCUGUGGCUGGGCUGCCAGGACCUAAAGGAGAGAGAGGUCUUCCUGGUCAAACACUGCCGGGCACAGCAGGAGAGACAGGUCCACCUGGUGCCAAGGGUGACAGAGGAGACAAAGGUGUUGCUGGAAUCAAAGGGGAAAGAGGCGUGGUUGGUGAACCUGGAGAGCAUGGAGAAGAUGGUGCACAGGGACCUCCGGGGCCCAAAGGAGAUAAGGGAGAAAAGGGUAUUGGACUGGCAGGUCCAUCUGGCCGUGUAGGCCCACAAGGCUUAAAGGGUGAUCCAGGUCUUCCUGGUCCAGCUGGGCCUCCAGGGCCACAAGGGAAGUCAGGUGAUCCAGGACAGUCUGGUCUGAGAGGAGAAAAUGGGCAGCCAGGACCCCCUGGUCAACAAGGGGAAAGGGGUCUUCAAGGCUUUCCUGGUCGUGCAGGAAAUGGCGGAGCUCCGGGUCCCCCUGGACCUCCUGGGCAGGCAGGCUCUCCUGGUAUUAAUGGGGUCAAAGGAGACAAGGGGGAGAUUGGUGUUGGAGUUCCAGGUCUAAGAGGAGAAAGAGGAGAUCCAGGACCCAGAGGUGAAGAGGGUCGUGCUGGUUUGGAUGGGGAAAGAGGAGCAACAGGUACUCCGGGGGCUCGUGGUGCUCGGGGUGACAAGGGAGACAUCGGGCUGCAAGGUGACAAAGGAGAGAAGGGGGACACUGUGCUGGUGGGAGGACCUACUGGAGAAAAGGGCAACAAAGGAGAACAAGGUGACAGAGGACCUAAAGGUGUGCAGGGAGAAAAAGGGGCGAAGGGUCAAGAGGGUCCUGCAGGGCAACAGGGUCUGAGGGGGGAGCCUGGAGAAGGAGGAUCCACUGGAUUCCCUGGAGCCCGUGGACCCGGUGGACAGAAGGGUGAAGCAGGCCAACCUGGUGUACCUGGUGAAUUGGGUUUACCAGGAAAAGAUGGGCUUCCAGGGCGAAAAGGAGACAAGGGGGAGAUUGGCAUGAUAGGAAUGCGUGGAAUCAAGGGUGACAGAGGAUCCAAAGGGGUUUGUGGAGCUGAUGGACCCAAAGGAGAAAAAGGUGAUUCAGGAAUUCAUGGACGAUCAGGUCUACCAGGGAGAAAGGGAGAACAGGGGGAUAUUGGACCUGCUGGGGCUCCUGGUACCCCGGGGAGAGAGGGACUCAUCGGCCCAAAGGGUGACCGUGGGUUUGAUGGAGUAGCAGGACCCAAAGGAGCUCAGGGAGAGAAAGGUGAAAGGGGUACACCUGGCAUACCUGGCCCUCCAGGUCCCAGAGGAGCAGAUGGACCUCCUGGCCCGACCGGUCCCCAGGGUUUGCCUGGUGCAAAGGGCGUUGAAGGACUCCAGGGACAAAAGGGAGAGAGAGGGCCAAUCGGUCCUGCCAUGAUCGGCCCUCGUGGUAUCCCAGGAAUCCCAGGAGAGCGGGGAGAGUCGGGAGAGAUGGGCCCAGAUGGAGCCAAGGGAGACAGAGGAGAGCCAGGCAUGACGGAGGAUGAGAUCAGACAGUAUGUUCGCUCUGAGAUGAAUCAGCACUGUGCAUGUGGAGGUUCAGGGCCAGACACUCGGCCCCAGCCAGCGACCAGAGCUAUGCCUGUACCAGAGCAACAGCUGGUCGUAAAGGGUGAGGAGGGUCGAGAACUACGUGUGGUGGUGAACACCAACGACCCAGACUAUGAGCACAUUUAUUCCAUCGAGGCCUACGACGACCCCUUGGAGGAGCUGCUAUACUUCGCUCCAUCUGCCAACCAGAGUGAUGGUGAGGCUGUCAAAGCAAAGUCUGAGAAAUCAGUUGAAUCAAAGAAAUCAGACAGUGCUGAUGUUCAGAAAGCAGCAAGAGUCGAUGUUCAGAAAGCAGGCACAGUUAGACCUGUGACAGCAGUCAAGUCCAAAACAGUCAGGUCCAAGAGGAGUGUCACAGUGGAAGCUCCAGACCGGUGUCAACUGCCCAUGGAUGAAGGGAGCUGUGGACGAUACACUUUACGCUGGUACUUUAACAGUCAGGUUCAGGCCUGCAGACCGUUCAUCUACAGCGGCUGUGAAGGAAACGACAACCGCUUCCUCCACCCGGAGGAAUGUGUGGACGUCUGCCUCAGGGGGGUCGAAGGUCCUCAUCCCUUAAAGAAAGCACGAUGAUUGUGGCCAUCUCCUCCUCACCAUGAGAACGUUAGCCUUUACAUAGCUUUUAUCAAUCAUGUGUAGGUGGUAAAGAUAUAUUUUUGUUUAUUUAUUGUUUGUGUAACCCAAUUUCAGAGCUUCCUUGCUUUACCAUAAACAAUUGAAAAGACACAAUUGUAUUUAUAAAGGGUUAAAAAAGGAUAUUGAUAUCUUUUUUGCAGUAGGGAGAAUAACAUUUGCACACUGAAGCAGAGCGUCUUUGUUUUUUUCACACUACACCCUGUUUUUCUCACUUAAAUUUGCUAUAAUUUUGUGGUGCUAUUGUACUUUUGUUUGUUUUGUGUUACAGAUUUACAGGCAAUGGCCAAACUACCUGACACCUUAUAGUGUAAUGUAAUAUUUCUGAACUAAAUACCAGUUUAUAGAGUGAACAAAUGGCAGCAGGUCAGCUAAAGAGUGCUGCUUCACAAACGCAAGUGUCAAAAUACAAGGCUGUAUUAUGAGACCAAAGAAGAAGAAAGUUUAGAUUCAUUCUUAUAACUGAGAAGUCAUAACUAAGACACAACCAAAUUAUGUAACACUAAUAGUGACAGGAAGAACUCCAUUAAAACAGACACAUGCUGCUAAUUAGUACUGAACUUACUAUGACUCAUUUGUCCCUGCUUUUUUAAUUCUGACUUGAGAAGCGGUGCCUUGAAUUUUAAUGUAUCCAGGGGGAAGUCUAAAAAAAA